UACAGAAAGUAAUCAGAAAAUUCUACUGAAAUGGUACAUAAAGUGGGCUAAGAGCUACAGUUUCAACUCAAGUGAUCUGAUUUUCCAGGAUUUGCCAUGGAGUUUAAAAUUGAAAAUCUUUUAUAUUAAUUUUCACUUUUAUUCAGCAAAAAUUGUAUUUAAAAUGUAUUCAACAUCAGUCAUAUUACAUAAUCGGAAUAAGUACGGAUAAUAUUAAAAUUAUUUAAAAAAUUGCUUAUGAUCAUCCACUCUUAAAUGAUUCGAAACUGCCCAUUAUUACUAUGAAAAGUUUUUAUUAAUCCGUUAUUAUUUUAGCAAUGUUUUCCGUUAGAUGUGGGUGCAAAUAUAGCAAAGAAACAAAUCGACAAUGACCCCCAAUAUUUUAUUGGUUUUGCAUGGCUUUAGCCUUCAUUCAUUCAAUGAGUGACAUCUCAUGCAAAAAAUGGACACCUAUAUGACACGUGGCACCAUUACAAAGAGAAUCAGCAACCUUAAAUAACAAAAACGAUGGAUGGAAUAAUCCACAGCCAAAUAUUAUAAACGAAAUCGGAGAAGACAAAAAUAAACUAGAAGAAAUACUUUGAAUCCAGAACCAGAUGGAUAGAAAACAAGAAAAUGUUGAAAAGAAGGGGAAUUUAGAGGGGCUACCGGUGGAGACUAGUCCAUACACGCAGUACAAAGAUUUGGAGGAUUACAAGAAACAAGGCUACGGAACACAGGGACACCUUCAGCCUCAACCUGGCCGCGGCGCUGCCAGCUCCACCGACGCGCCGACUGAGAAAGGCGGCGGCGGCACCAAUUCCCAGGCUCAACUCUCCGCCACUGAUGCGGUGAACCGCCAAGGGGUCCCUUAGUUUUCUUUUUUUCUUUUUUUACCUGUUUAAUAUGCUUUGAUAUAUGUAUGAUUUGGAAGCACUUGAAUAAAAGGCUGUAGUUCAGCUACUUGUUUUUCAAGGCACGUUUGAAUUAUAAUCAUAAGGAGAAAAAUGAGAGGAUUAAGAUUUA